AUGAGUUGUUCUGAAGCUGCUGAGGAUGUAUGCCAAAUAAACGCCUGUCUUCACCGCGUGUGUUCAGGGGAUGUCGGACAGGCGAUAAGCGACGUAGUCCAGAAACGGCUCCGCUCCAAGAUCGUCUUCUUGUUCUAA